GCCUACGUGUUUUCCUCACGAGGUAGUGAAGUGCACCGUGCGUAUCCUACACGUCUGGCAAUGGAUCUGAAGCUUCUCAUUUUCGGGGCCCGUGUUUGAGCAAUUUUAGAUCCGUUAGACUUCAGUUUUGUUUUGUUUUGUUUAUCUUUUUUUUUUGACACGACCAGACUCAGGGGGAACAGAGAGGAUGGGCUGCUGCUCGGCACGAUGCAUGCUCAUCCUGUUGUGUUGUCUGCAGUUGAUAACGGCACUGGAGAGGCAGGUCUUUGACUUCCUGGGCUACCAGUGGGCCCCCAUCAUGAUCAACUUCUUCCACAUCAUCACAGUCAUCCUCGGCCUGUUUGGCGUCAUCCAGUACAGAACACGCUAUGUUAUUCUGUACCUGCUGUGGAUGCUGUUGUGGGUCGGCUGGAAUGUCUUUGUUUGCUGUCUCUACUUGGAUUUGGGGGGGCUUUCAAAGGACAGUGACAUCCUGUCUCUGGGUGUGUCGUCCCAUCGCUCCUGGUGGAAGGACAACGGGCCUGGGUGUGAGAGCGACGCCCUUCUCUCCACUGGGUGGCAGAGUCAGAAAAACCCACAGCUGACCACAGUGCUGAGCUGCUGGCUGGAAUACCAAUACAUCGAGAUCCUGCACUGCAUCGUCCAGCUCCUCAUUUCACUCCUGGGAUUUGUUUAUGCCUGCUACAUUGUCAGCAUUUUCUCAGAUGACGACGACAGCUUUCAUUUCAAUGCUGAAUUUCAUCAUCCAUCCAAACCCUUUCAGUUACUCCUCUAGUCGACCGUUUGAUGGUAGAUUACAAAUAAUUGACCACAGGACCAAUGUUUGGUGUACACUGAAGUAACUAUGAUGCUGAAACGCCUCUGAAGACUGUUUGCAUCUGUGCUUUCCUGAAUCAUCACUGAUAUUCACUGUAUGUCACUGUAGAAGAAGUGGUAACACGUUCAUCAGGAGUUUUCCUCAGGCUUCAUAUGUUAUAAAUGUAAAUGUGUGUAUGAAAGAGACCACUAUAUCACUGUAUCACCAUUAAGCACUCGAGUAUUGCUGUCUAAAUAAAAUAGGUGAUGUGAAAGAU